GCGGACCCCACCCCCGCCCGUGACGCAAGAGUCAGGCCAGUCCCGGCAUGCACCGGGGCCGCCGGCAGUAGAGCGCAGCGAAGUGGAAUUUUCCCAGCGAGCUCUACCCGCCCCUGCUUGUUCCAGCUGUAGUCGAGACCCUCCCUCCCCCCGUUAUUGCCCCCUUCCCCAGCGCCGCGAGGCAGGCUUCAACCGCUACCUUGCGACCGCUCACCCGCCCCUCGCGCGCCUACCGCCCGCCGCCCUCCUCAGCCCCGAGCGCCACCCGGCUUCAGCCUGUCGGCCCCCGCUGCCCUCGUCGCGGUUGCCGUAGUCGUAGUGGUCGUCUCAGCCGCCGCCUGGGCCAUGGCCAACUACAUCCACGUCCCCCCCGGAUCCCCUGAGGUCCCGAAGCUGAAUGUCACUGUACAGGAGCAGGAGGAGCAGCGCUGCCGGGAGGGGGCCCUGAGUCUCCUCCGACACCUGCGGCCGCACUGGGACCCCCAGGAGGUGACCCUGCAGCUUUUUACAGAUGGGAUCACAAAUAAGCUUAUUGGCUGUUACGUGGGCAACACAAUGGAGGACGUGGUCCUGGUGAGAAUUUAUGGUAAUAAAACAGAAUUGUUAGUUGACCGAGAUGAGGAAGUGAAGAGUUUUCGAGUGUUACAGGCUCAUGGCUGUGCACCACAACUCUACUGUACAUUCAAUAAUGGGCUAUGCUACGAAUUCAUACAGGGAGAAGCACUGGAUCCAAAGCAUGUCUGUAAUCCAGCUAUAUUCAGGUUAAUUGCCCGUCACCUUGCUAAAAUUCAUGCUAUACAUGCACAUAAUGGCUGGAUCCCCAAAUCUAAUCUGUGGCUAAAGAUGGGGAAAUAUUUCUCUCUUAUUCCCACAGAAUUUGCUGAUGAAGAUAUUAAUGAAAGGUUCCUAAAAGACGUGCCAAGUCCUCAUGUUCUUCAGGAGGAGAUGACCUGGAUGAAGGAGAUACUUUCAAACCUGGGCUCACCAGUUGUGCUUUGUCACAAUGACCUGUUGUGUAAGAAUAUAAUCUACAAUGAGAAACAAGGUGAUGUUCAAUUCAUAGAUUAUGAGUAUUCUGGCUACAACUACCUGGCAUAUGAUAUUGGAAAUCAUUUCAAUGAAUUUGCAGGUGUAAGUGAUGUAGACUAUAGUCUCUAUCCAAAUAGAGAACUACAAGGUCAGUGGCUGAGGUCUUAUCUUGAAGCCUAUAAGGAAUAUAAAGGAUUUGGAACAGAUGUUACAGAAAAGGAAGUAGAAAUACUAUUUAUUCAGGUUAACCAGUUUGCAUUGGCUUCUCAUUUCUUUUGGGGAUUGUGGGCUUUAAUUCAAGCCAAAUAUUCCACCAUUGAUUUUGAUUUCCUUGGGUAUGCAAUUGUUCGUUUUAAGCAGUAUUUCAAAAUGAAGCCAGAAGUCACUGCAUUAAAAUUACCUGAGUAAAGAAGGCUAUUUAAAUAACUUCAAGUGGUUAAGCAAUCCUUGUGAUCCGUUUUUGAAAACAGAUAUUGAACAGCUAAUAUUUGUUAAAAUUCUAUCAUUUCAUUUGGUUAUCUUGCUUUAUAAAUGAUGCCUCUAAACAGCCAACUUAUCUUUAAAUAUUAAACCUAAUUCAGAAAUGUAUCUACUGUCAGUAUGAGAUGGAUUAGAAAUUUGUUAAAUCUGCAAAGGUCUGUAGAGAUGACAAUUUAACCCUUUCUUUUAUCAUUUAAUCUAUGUUAUAUGUGAAUUAUUUAUUAUAGAUUUAAUGUGAUUCCAUUGCUGCUUUCAUCAGUUUCUGUAUAAGAAUUGGAUAUAGGCAACAAAAUUGUUUGUCUUUUUUAAACUUUAAUUUUUUUCAUGUUAGAUUAAUUUAGGUAAAUGUUUUUGGGGUGUUCAUUAUAAAUACUUUAAUCUUGUACUGUACGUGAAGAUGAGUCAUUUAUUCUUGAAAUGCCAGGAACAGGUAUAAUAAAUUUUAGAACUUUACUUUUGGACUAGGAGGUAAACCUUUUACUUUUCAUAUGGUACAUUUUCUGAGUGGAAUACUGGAAUGAAUUCACUCCUGGGAAUAAUUUUUUUUUUAAUUCUCCAUUUGCAAAAACAGUGUGGGAUUAGAAAUUUCAUUUACCCUUUUAAUCCUGGAAUAGAUCUACUUGACUGAAUCUUAGCAAAAUCUUUAAGAGAAAUGUUUUCUUAUCUAAAAUGUGAAUAUUUUUAACUAUUCCAAAUUUUAAAAAAUAUUACAUAAAAUUUCUAAGUUAUGUAUAAUUCUACGUACUGAAUAGUAUUAUGAUCUUUAAAAAAAUUCUAAUCCUCCAUUUGCAAGUAGGGGAGUCAACAAAUAAUUCCUCAUCCCCUUUUCCCUGACCUUUCCCUCCUCACCCCAGGAAGAAAAGAAAAGGAAACAUUUAAAUAACUUAGCCUCAAUCCUCCUAACUUGGUUUCAUGUCUUUAGCACUUUGAUUCAAUAGCACUAGGGGAAAAAAAUCAGAAAAUAAUACAGACUUAUAACAAAUAGCUAUUAUUUGAUGAAUGUCUAUAAAGCUCAAAGUGAUAUAUGAAAGCUGUGAAGAAUUAAAUAUUUUAGAGAUAAGUUUGAGGAUUUGAUCAUUGUUAUACCGAGAAAUCUUUGAAUUCUAAAAUGUGAAUUAAGGAAAUAGGAAAAUAUGUAUUGGUUUUUUAGAGCUUUUAUUUUAGAAAAAUUGCAGGGGGGUGCAGGCAAUCCUAGGGAAGGGAAAAAGAGACUUCCAGGAGUUAGUUUGAAAGCCUUGAAAUUUCUGUGUGUAGUUUAAUAGUCAACUUUUUAAAGUUAUCCUGACAGGCUUUGCACAUUGGUUACCUGAGUGCCCAUAUAUAAAGUUGACAUAAUAUGUCUGCAAAUUAAAAAUGUGCAAGCACAAGCUUAACCUAUAAGCAAAUAUCGCAACAAAACACACAUACACCUGUACCGUCCCUGUGGGGGAGGUGGGGCACCUCUUCUAAGAAUGUUAAUUUUCAGACAAGCAUUUUUCAAGAUUCUUGAAAGCCAUUUGUAGAACACCUUAAAGGUCAUUUCAAGUUUUAAAAUUCAUUAAGUAAAUCUCUUCUUAAGAAUUUGUUUUCAUAACAGUAUUAGACAAAGAUUCCCUUUUCUAUAUCCCCUUCAAUCUUAUUGCAUUUUGUCAGUUUGGUUUUAUUUUAAAACUGUGAAAUAUUAGAAUCAAUAGAUUUUGUUCAUUUGAUUCGAUUAAAUAAUACCUACGAAAAUAGGAAAAUGCUUUUUUUCUAUACUGAUAGAGAGAUUUAAGCUUGUGAAAUGUUUUUUGAAUGGGUUUUUCAUCUAUAUAAAGAAUAUUUGACCAGUGCUGUGAUUUGAUUUUUGUUUUCUGGCUAUCUAAAGAGUAGGAGUUUGUAUCCUUUAGAUCUUUGAGAAUGGGGGAAAAACCCAACCCUUUCUCUUUUUCUCAAAUUGUCUUCUCAAGCUGGUAAUUGUAGGUUUGACUUUUCUCACUUAGCUGCUGCUGGUGAACAGGUAGAGCCUCAGCUGCCAGCUACUUCUCUGUUGUAGUCAUUUCUUAGGGAUUAAUAUUGGAAUAAUGAGUUGGGGGGACAAUCACUUCUGCCACAAAGGUAUGCCUAACUCACACCUCAUUAUAGAUUUGGAUAAUGGACUCAGAGUGGGUGAGUAAUCUUGCUUUAUUAUCUAUAAGAAGGAGGAGGAAUUGGGAGAAUUAUUUCCGAUUGUUUUACUCCACAGGUUUAUGGGAUCAUAGUGCAGACAGGGCUUACUCUUUUAGAAAAAUUAAAUUUCUCUUCCUUCACAAUAACCAUUUGAAGGAAUUCUAAGUGGAAGGAAAUCUUAGAGCUCUAGAAACACUUAUAAAAUAUUUUCUUUGUGUCUUGCUAAGAAGCCGUUCUGUUGCCUUUUUCUAUGCUAAGUUAAGGGGCUUGAAUGUCAUAUAUAAUAACUUUUAGUAAACCUGGUGUUGAAAUAUGAAGAUGGUUAUAUAAGUGACAUUCUUAUAUGCACAAUGUUAGUCAGUUGACCAUAGUGGCCUGGGCGCUUUCAAAAGCAGCAUUGAGUAAAUUAUUUUCUUCUGUCAACACUUGUAAAAUCAGACCUGGUUAAUCAUGUUUAAUUUUUUUCUUAUUCUUUACUGCCUAUCUCUGGAAAUCUAAAAGGUGUGUCAGUGUCACAUACUUUUAGUGUCCUUGCUUAAGUUUAAUUGGAAAAUAAAAUGAAUUAACCAGGUCUGACCAUGUAUAUAAAGCAGUGUAAAUAAAUGUGUAAAUUAGUGUGAAUUGUAUCUUCCAUUUAUGAGCUUGUGCAUUGCCUUGGGUCUUUACUUUUGUAGAAAUUUCUCUGUAAAUGAUCAAGCUCUUUAUUUCUUCACAUCCUUUUUGCUGCUGUUUGUUAAUCUGGCAUUUCUUAUAGCCCUGUCUAUACAAUGGGAGGAUAAGAGAUAUGGAACAUAUGAAAAAAUAUAAUAUGCUGUUACAUUGAAGGCAGUACUUAUUUAUUUAAUACCUUGGUACUUAAUUUAUACUUUGUAUUAACUUUUUGAGUUAGCCCUUAUAAAGAUUCCUGGAGACAGUUAAUUAUUCAGGCAAAUAGAGGUCCAUUUUUUUUAGUUUUAAUUAUACAGUAUUCUAAGUUAAAAAUACUAAACAAAUGAUUGAAAGCUUCUCUGUUUUAGGGGGAUUAGUUCUUUUAUACCAAGAGGAAACUGAAUUCUGAUCUCAUUAAAGAAAAUUACAUCCCCACAAAUAUAGACCAUCUAUCUUAACUUCAUAAGUACAGUUCUGGGAUAAUAGAAGAGAAUAAAAUAUUGUUCCAGUUUUCUAAAUAAAUCACUUAAAGUAUUUCCUGAUUUAAAGGCAAAUUAUUCUUUCUAGGGUGUCAGGUAAAAACACUGUUAGAAACCAUUCCAUUUAAAAUUUUACAUGGUUUUAUCUUCUCCCUUUCAUUUAUUCAUAGUACUUGUGUAACUUCUUGUAGAUUGCUGGCUUGUACAAAAUACAUUUAAUAGUUUUAAUUUCUAUUUCAGAACUGCCUUUGAUCAGCAUUUAAAUCUGAUAGUUAAGUUAUUAAAUAUUUCCCAAACUUACAUUUGGUGGGAAAACUUGACUGAUUUCAGUACUUUAAAAAAAAAUGUCAGAAGGGUGAUAGUGGCAUUAACUUGGAUUGCUUUAAACUAAAAGGAAAUAAUUGUUCUUCAAGGAACCAAAAGUAGUUAUAAGCAAACAGUUAUUAAAGUAGUCGCACUUUCUUUUGAAAGUUGAUUUGUGGGAAUUAUGUACUGUAUUUCUCAUUUGUUUUCCAUUUUAUCUUAUAAUUAUAUAAACUAUUGUAAUGUCAUUUGACUAUAUGGAAGCCUAUGCCACAUUGUAAAGCAAUUGACAUGCUAUUAAGAAAUUAGAGUAGGGUUUGGUCAACCAUUUUAUGGUAUAUAUGAUUAGUUGUUUUAAAAACUACUUCCCACAAAAUUAGAAUAUACAUAUAUAUAUAAAUGCAUAUAUAUGUGUGUUGCAUAUAUCAUGUAACUUAUGUGUGUAGCCAACAACAAUAUCUACUUUCAGAAAUACAAGAUUUUUCCAAUAUUCCCAAAGGCUCAAAUUUGUUGCUGUCAAAGAAAGUUAUUUGAUUUCCAUCACCAUUGGUUUGCAAAUAGAGUCAGGGUAGUAGAGUUGUUAUGAAAGUAUUUUAUUCCAUCAUGUUUAAUUGACACUUGAUAUGGUAAAACUUUUAAUAAUAUUUUUUCUACUUAAUACUUGAAAGCAAAACCAAUAAAGAUGUAUUAAACAUAUAGAGGACAAAACAACCCUGAUGUUUCUACUAGUCAAGAAAAUUUUCAUUGAUCUUUUUAAAGGUAACUAUUACUUGACUCUUUAGAAUUCUUUAAAAGAAAAAUGAUGGCAUUGCAGAAAAUGAACUUGUAUAAACUUAACAUUUGUUAAUUUCUAUGCUGUUCUACUUUCACCUUUUCCUCAUAUUAGAAAUAUAUGAUAGGCUGUAGAGUAGAUUAUGAAAAAAACACAUGUUCUUUCUACAUAUGAACCUUUUAUUUCUAAUUCUAAAAUUUUUAUUUAACCAAAAACUUAUUAAAAAAAUAUCCAUGAACUUGCACUAUUUUCAUUGUUAAAAAUUUCACUGUGGUGGCGAUAGUUCCCAUUUUACAACAUUGAGUAAUUUCAACAUUGGGAAGUAGGAGAUAUCCCAAGCUCUAAUUAUUUUUCUUCUUUUGACACUGAACUCUUUACUGGCCAAUGGUUGUGAAUUUAUAAGGCAAAAACUAUUUUAGAAAAUUGGGAGGUUGGGGGGGACUGGGAGAGGGGAUUUUCCAUGAUAUUGGAACCUCAUUGUAUAUGUCAUGAACUCACCUCUGUGACCUGGAAAAGACCCCUGGAAUGGAAAAACAAAAGUGCUUAAAUUACUUGCACCUGCCUGCUGUGUACUGCUAUACAUGUGGUUAAUGUGGUGCCACACAGGAAAUUAUAUUCUCUGAUCAACUAAAGCAGUUUUUCUAAAUGAGUUGUUUUAGAGUUUUUGUAUUAUGAAUUCUAGGAAGACUAACAAAACCCAAAUAAAAUUCUCUUUUUGUUUGCUGAAUUUCAAAAGCCUUUGUACAUCAAAGUCACUUUCCACAAUGUCUUAAGUAUUGUUUAAAUUUAAAAUAUACAUUAAGUGGAAGAUAAGUUAUUACUUCAGGAGCGUAAGUGACAGAUGGAAACAAACAAUUUGAGUGAUUCAAAGUCAUUGUAUUAGCUGUGUUUGUUAGAUUUGGGAAUUGUGGCAUAAGGCUUAAAUUUGUGUUUAUCAAAUGUGAAAUGUAGUAGUGUGAUGCUGCUUUUGUAUAUACUGUAAGUGCUACACAUAGUCUCAGCACUGAAAAUGUAUUGAUACCUCUCAACUUGAAGUGUAGAUGUUUUGAUAUGCUUCAGAAAUGUGCUGUGUGUCUGAGAAUCUGUUAAUCUGUUUGGAAUUGAAGAUACUUCCUGUUUUAUUUCAUUUUAAGUUUAAAUUUUAAAUUUCCUCCUUUUACUACUGUUAAUUUGUCAGUGUAUUCUGUGGAUACAGGGGGUUGCUAGUGAAGACAACUAAGAUGUUAACCUCAUAUGUUUUGGCUAUAUGUUCCUAAGCUAUUACUGGAGUUGAUUGUAUUUCUUUUUAAAAAGUAAGUGAUGUUUAAACUUUGUUUUUGUUGUGUAAGUCCUUUUACCAUUGAUUAAAUGAAGGAAUGUAUCUUUUUGAAGAGAUUUAUAUUCUGUAAAUAAUUAAAACUGGUUGUAACAAUAAAGCUAGGUUCUAACUAGA